AUGACAUUGUAUAAUACAAAUACUUGCCAUAAAGAACGUGUAAACAAGUUAUUACAAAUGUAUGCAAACGAUGUAGAAGAAAUUCCAUUAAUCAAAGCGGGUAAUAUUGGUGUAAUAAUUGGUCUUAAGGAAACAAGAACAGGAGAUACAUUAAUUCAAUUUAAUGACUCUCGGAAAAGUCUUCGACUGCAAAACAUUGAUAUUCCCGCACCAGUAUUUUUUCGUGUAGUAGAGGCGACUGGUAUUUCUGAAGAAAAACCUCUAGAAGAAGCUCUUAAAAAUAUAUUAAGAGAAGAUCCCUCUCUUCAUGUGUAUAUUGAUCCAGAUUCUGGGCAAACUUUGAUAAGUGGUAUGGGUGAACUUCAUUUAGAGAUUGUCAAAGAUCGUUUGUUAAAUGACUUUAAAGUCAAAGCAAAUUUGGGAAAAAUGCGAAUAUCAUAUAGAGAAACUGUUGUUACUGAAAAAAUAGAUCAUACUUACCUACAUGAACGCGAAAUUAUGGGAAAGAGAGUAAGGGCUCAAAUUUCUUUGACUAUUACUCCACUCCACGAGAAUGAUCAAGGAUCAUCUAAAGAGGGUGGAAAUAGAAUCACUUUAAAUCUUACAAAAAAAACAAUUCUAUUGGAUGAAUUAGAUCAGUCCAUAAAUAGUCAAGAAACAAAUGAAUUAGUAAAAUUAUCUAUUGAGGAAAUUUCAAAUGCAGUAUAUACUGGAAUAAUAUCUGGUUUAUAUCGAGGUCCGAUGCAUGGUUUUCCCAUAACAGGGCUUUCGAUAAAUGUACAUUCGUUACGUUUAUUUGGUGCAGAAUCGACUAAAAUUGCAAUUAGCACAUGUGCUUCGAAGGCUUUAACCGACGCAUUAAAGGGUAGAAACCUUGUGUUACUUGAGCCUUUAAUGUAUGUAAAUAUUGAUGUACCUGAAGAAUAUUUGGGUAUUGUUCUUGGAGAUUUGACCGGAACACGUCGCGGAAAUGUUUUUGCACUUGAAACGUCUGAAAGUGCAUUCGAUAACUUUGAUCACAAUAUUGAAAUAUAUGUUCCAUCGGAUUCUACUCUCGUUUCUUCUAAUAAUGAUACAAUGGUUAGCCCAAAAAGAGUCAUACGUGCGCACGUUCCGUUAUCUACCAUGUUAGGAUAUUCUUCUUCGUUAAGGUCGUUGACAGGUGGAACGGCAUCUUUUGAUAUGAGGAUACAUUCUUUUGGGAUUAUGAGUGAUGAUCGAGCUAAAGCCGUUAUUCGUGAGAUGCAAGGUGGCUUCUGA